UCACACGAAGAGACAAAGGAAUUUAAAUCUUCUACAGAGUUUAAACAUUGCAAUCGACGUUGCUUCUGGACUUGAUUACCUACACCAUCAUUGUGCGGAACCAAUAAUUCACUGUGAUCUGAAUUCUGAAGCUAAGCAAUGUUCUUCUGGAUGACGAAAUGACUGCACAUGUGGGUGAUUUCGGAUUAGCAAGAUUCCUUCCAGGAGCCGGCUCUAAUUCUUCUAGAAAUCAAUCAAGUUCUAUUGGCAUUAGAGGAUCUACAGGUUAUCCUGCUCCAGAGUAUGGAAUAGGAAAUGAGGUAUCAACAUCCGGUGACGUGUAUAGUUAUGGCAUCCUCUUAUUGGAGAUGUUUAUAGGGAAGAGACCUACUGACAGCUUGUUUACCGAUGGUCUAAAUCUUCAUAACUCUGCUAAGAUGGCUCUAUCUGAACAAGCAGUCAACAUUGGCGAUCCGACACUAUUUCAACAAAUUGAGAAGGGGGAGACAAGCUUAAGCAUCACCAACAUUCAGAAUCAGAGCACUCCUAACGAUCACAAAAUUAAAGAAUGCUUGGUUUUAGCACUAGAAGUUGGAAUCGCCUGUUCAAAAGAACUUCCGAGAGAUCAACUAUCCAUGGAUGAGGUCGUUAGUCGUUUGCAUUCGAUCAGGAACUCUCUUUUUGAAACUGGACUACAUAGAGGCAGGAACGGUUAGGCUUGUUUGAUGAUGCUGAAUAGGUAUGACCCCUUCACUUUCUUGGAUGAGGUUGUAAUAUUUUUGUUGUAUGUGUACUAUAGAUGAUUAGAAUCAGUUGGUGUGUACUUUGGACGACUGUGUUAGUUUAUAUGGUGUUCUUGUGAAUUCAAUUGGGCAUAAGUCUAUUGUAAUUUCA